UAAAACAACACAAACAUACUGAAAACAUGUCACAUAAGUAUAAAAUACACAUAUAUGCCAUAUAAUGUCUACUUUCUACACUUCUGUGUCGGUUUAUCUCCACGCUCUGCGUCUCAGGGACGGGGAGAAACAGGCUUUAGCUCAACUUUAGCUAAAGUUUAGCAUCACAAGCGACUUUUCCGGGUUACAGCAGUUUGUUUAUAAACGGUCUCGUGCGAGUCGUGCCAACACUUUAAAUACAUAUAGCUGCACGAGCACGCGCACAGGUUAUCACGCACGCGUGGCAGGAGGUGCGGCAGGAGGCGGAGUUCGCGCUGCGGGACAGAGAGAGUGUUUCCCCGCAGAUCUUCCUCUCUGCUCUCCCUCCAGAACUCUUUAAACUGCUCUAAACCUCCGUAAUACAGCGAUCAUGUACCGGUGCUUCGGCUCUCUGCUCCCCCGGGCCUGUCUCUCCGGCCCGCGGGCCUCUCUCUGCGGCACGCGGGCCUACAGCCAGGCCGCGGACAGCAGCGAUGAUCCGAACUUCUUCUCCAUGGUGGAGGGCUUCUUCGAUCGCGGGGCCGCCAUCGUGGAGGACCGGCUCGUGGAGGGCUUGAAGACGCGCGAGACACAGGAGCAGAAGAGGAAGCGCGUGCGCGGGAUCCUUAGGGUCAUCAAACCGUGCAACCACGUGCUCAGCGUCAACUUCCCCAUCAAGAAGGACUGCGGGGAGUGGGAGGUGAUCGAGGCGUACCGAGCCCAACACAGCCAGCACCGGACCCCCUGCAAAGGAGG